AUGACAGUUGAAGCACUCUCAUCCAAUGUGGUGAACUACCUUGUCUGGAGAUAUUUGCAGGAAGCAGGAUACGGAAACGCCGCUCUCCAGCUGUCGCGAUGCUGGAACCGGGACCCCGAGAGCCUGCCCUUCGCGAAGAAUGUCUCGCAGCACACUCUUAUAAAUCUGCUCCAGGACGGUCUGUGGUUUGACAAGCUCCAGGCGGAGGCUGGCAAUGGCCACCAUCGGUAUAACUUUGGGCGCGACCAUGGGCGACCCUACUCUGUCCGCAACGGCACCCUACUCACACUGGACAAAGGCAUUCCGGCCCACGAACUUGCCGAAGAGGCGAAUGGACCCGGGACGAUCGUCGUGCAGGAGCCGCCGCCGUCCAAGAAGCAGUCUCGCAAGAAGAAAGGAAAGGUCAACGGCAUCGAUUCUAGGAUGAAUCAUCAGGUCAAUGGCGAGGCUAUGGAGAUUGACCAGAACGGGAGCACCCACGUCACGAAUAGCGUGCGCGCCGAGUCCGAGGCGAUGGCGUCGGAGGCAGAAUCGCCCACCGUCGCCGAGCUGCCCAUAUCCACGUUGAGCAUCGGAAAUAGCAUUGGCGAGCAGACGGAACCGAUAAUACAGCUGGCCUCGGAUACCCUCUUCACGUGCACCGUCAAGGAGCAAGAGAAACUGGUCACCCAGACCCUGUGGGGCCCUCCAUCUGCGCCUCUGCUCGUCGCAGCAGGCAAGUCGCUGCUCCGCCUGCAUCUGAUUAACCAGCCCACGGACGCAGAGUCGAAAGGGUCUCCUAAAAUAAUGGACAUUCCCUUGCCGCUUACUAGCUUCGAAAUCACCGCUGUCUGCUGGAAUUCCCACGGCGAAAUGACGGUGUCCGCCCGGGAGGAGCUCGUCAACGAGAUUGGCGAAGUCAUGAAGGCCGACAAACUGCUCAAACUCGUCGACGGCGGUUCGGACUACCAGGUUGUUUCUUCGACUGCAGGCCUGGUCAUAACGUUGAGGUGGAACGAAGCGAAGCAGCUGCUCUUGGCCAUUUCAAGCGACGGCAAGAAGGGGUCUAUCAAGAUCUGGAAGAACCCCGGCGAUGAACAGAUUCCGGCAUGGACCACCUUCACGGAAACGGCCAUCUACGAAGCCGUUUGGACCAGCGACUCUACCUUUGUCGUCUGCGGUAUCGAUAUACUGCAAGUCUACGAAAUCGGCGAGUCAUUGACGUGUCAACGGACCAUCGAAACGCGCAUCACGUGGGAGAAGAUCAAGUUUGAGCCUUCUUCCGGCAUCGUCGCGAUCAUGGGAGUCGACGGCCAGAGGUAUUGUCUCGGCAUUCUGCACCCAAGCGACCCAGGGAACCUGCAGGUACAAGAGUAUCCAGAUCCAUUCCUUACCGACAUCGACUUUCAAUCUUCAACGAAACCAAACGCCCUCGGCAUAUCCUCGAUCGAGUAUCCGCCAUCUCCUUCACCAGUCGUCCACUUGGCAACAUGUACCGCUUCCGGGUCGGUGCGAAUCUGGGACGCAAACCAGCCAUUCAAGUGUCUCAAACGCCUGGUCAUGGUGGACGAAUCUCCCGCGCACAGCAUCGCCUACUCGCCAGAUGGGAAGCUUCUGGCUGCCGCUGGCCCUGAUGCAGUGACGGUAUGGGAUCUGCAGAAGCGAGAUGUGCCCUUGGCCACAUGGCGGGCGCAGGAUGUAAAUGACGAUCAGUGGAACGGCAGCGUGGACGGCGAUUUCAGCCUUGGGUGGAACCCUGAUGGAACCAGCCUGUCGAUCGCCCUCGGAAACCAGAUUGCGGUCAUAUCAAUUCCCAGGUAA